GGAUAUAACUGUAAUUGAAAACUUUAACAAUGUUACAGAAAGUUCUGAACUUAUAAAGUAAUCUUGAAAGUUGCCAGUUCAAGAACUGGAUGGUAACAAAACUAAAUAAAUUUGAAAUAAUGAUCAAUUGGAGAGUUCAAAACCAAAGAAGAAUUUACUUGCCUGUUGAAUGAAACUUUUACGAUUACAAUCGAUUACACAUAACUUAUACAUUUAUUGUUUUUUCCAAUAAAUGUAUUUAUGACUCUCAAAAACAAUUAUGUGCUAUAUUAGUAGUAAAUAGAUUAUAUUAAUUGACAUUUAAUAUGUAUAAGUUCAUUUUAUUAUAUUAAAUUAUACACAAAUAUAAACCUAUUAUUUCAUCAGCAAUUGAUCUUUCAACUUUGAAAUAAUUAUUGAGCAUGGCAUCUUGGUAUUUGCAGAUACAGCUACCAUUCUCAUAUGUCAUAUUAUAAUAAUACAUCAAGAAUUUCAUUCAUAUUAUUUGAAUAAUUCGGUACGUUUCUACCAAUAAAAUCAAAGUAUUGUGAAGAUGUUCAUCACAGUCCUCAAUGUUAGCUGAUAGUGUGAAAGUUUAUAUUUUGUGAGAUCAAAAUUAUUAAUAAUUGAGUAGUGUGCGUUCAAGUUGAGUACGGAGGUGAAAAGCAACAUUAGCAUCCUUUAUUUUUUUCAAUAAAUCAAUGCAAGUAUAUUAAUUCCAGUAGUACCUAUUUUAAUAGAUUAAAUGUAUUUUUAAAUACUUUUUAUCUAAUUAAAUGCAUGAUCAAUUUUUGGAGAUUCAGUAAAUCUUGCGACUGGCAAAUGAGAAUUGAAAUAGGCAAGCGUACUAAUGAUUUAAUUAUUGUUAAUGAACAUGAAAAUUUGCCAGGUAUGAUGACUUGCUUUUUGAGCAAAAGCCAUUUUCAAUCAUGAUCUUUCAUUUUCAACGAACUUUUUUGUAAAGACAAAUUCGACUUCAGAAUAUUAUUCUUGGUUUUUGAAAUGAUUUCUAUUUUUUAAUGGUAAAACAUGCAUUAGACCAGGAGGAGGUGCUCUUCUGCACUCUGGAUCCUCGAAGAUAUUCAAAUUGAUUGAUACUCCCAAUUAGAUUUGCUUUGAAUUAAAAAUAUAUCUUUCAAUGUUUCAAAUCCCUUCUAAUCACAAGUGCGAUUCAACUUAAGAUGGUUCAACUAAACGCAUUUUCAGACAUUCAACCUUAUCAACCAAUACGUACGUUUAUUUUUAACUUUAAUAGAACUUUAUUUUUAUACUUAAUUAUUUUUUAAUAAAACAUUUGUUCAGAGUAAUAUUUGAUAUUAGUUAGGCUCUGUUGCACAAAAGCCGGUUGAAUUUUAACCGUGAUAAUUUCACGAGAACCAAUCAGGACUAAAAUUUAACCGACUUUUGUGCAACCUGUACUUACUGUUUCAAAACAAAUAUUCUAAUAUUAUUGAGAUAACUUCUGGGUAUAUAUCACUUUUUAUAAGAAUCACGUGAUCCCGUAUCACGCGAAUUUUGCAAGUGAAUUUUGAAUCAUUCAAGUGAGUAAUAAUAAUAAUAAUAUAGCUUUAUUCUACAUUCUUAAAGUGAGUAAUAACAAUACAAUUUUUUGAACGAUAAAAAUUUAAUAUAACUUAUUUUGAAUUGACCACUCAAUUGGUUCCAACUAUUGAUUAAAAGGCUCAUUUUGCUUUACUUAAGUGACUGAUGCCUCCUCGACUUCGGAGGCAAUAUUUCAUCCAUGCAACAUCAUGAAUAACGAGAACAACUAAAUUCUCUUAUGGCUCAACUCAUUUUAAUGACGAAUUUAGAUUGAUUUUCAUAACAAUUUUGAAAUUACCAAAUACUAUUCCAGUUGAAACUUGUAAAUAGCCCAUUUAAAUUAACCCUUGGGAAUCAACAAAAUUUUCAUUAUUUGCUGAGAAACAAUUAUUUCAUUACCUAACAGUUUUCUGAUUCAAAAUGCUUGAAAAUUAAAUACAAAUCACAUAUUUGAUUUCAACGAAUUUAAAGAUACACUGCAGCUUUAUUACAAUAUUUUAAUUGUGUUUACCGAUGUCUCAAAUAUUAUAUAAACGAUUAAAUUUGUUUCUACAAAUAAUGUUGUUAUUAUGAUUUAAUAUUGUCAUAACAUAGGGCUAUUUAUUAUUUUUCAAUUAUAAUAAUUCAUUACAGAUACCAGAUAGCUCACACUAUAAUUUAUAAUUAUUGUUAAGUGCUCUACAAUAACACAUAUUCAAGUGUUUGACAUCAACCUUUCAACUUGAGAAUUUUGAUGCGGAAAUUUCUGAAUUCAAGGCAAAAACAACAAUGAUGAAAGCAUGCUAUAAUUCUUUUGGACUCAUUCAAACGUUGUUCUACACUUCCUUCUGAUAGAAGGCGAAAGAAAAUAGUAUGUUAUAGCGGAGUAGUACCACAGUAAUCAGGAAGGCCAACGCUAUGAGAAACAUAUCCUAGAGAUUCCAAAUAAAUCUCAUGCUAUUCAAAAUGCUGUUUGGUUUCCAAAGCAUUUGCCGCCAAAUAUUUACAAACAAGUUCCGCGCGCGAAUACUCGACUAGAGCACGUGACUUCGGAGUCUCGCAGUUGACCUUACACUGAACACUGAACGCAGCGUAAUCUGUAUGAACCUGAUUCCGUUACUGAGUGACCUAGACCUCAAGUGUGUUGCCUAUUAAUAGAUAUGUUAAUUUACCAUGUUUGACGUAAUACUUGUCAUUCGUCACAAUGAGAUUAUCUAAGAAUAGGAAGUGCUCAUGUCCAGUUUUAAAACUCAAUCACUGGGUUGACUGGGCUAACAAACAGUUCCCCAUUAUCUAAUCGUAAUUCUACAUCUGUGCAUCUUUUAAAGGAAUCUCCAAGAUGUGAAAGCGGUAUGGAAUUCAAUAUUGGAGAAGAUGCAUGCAAACCAGUUGAAGAAGUGACUCCUCUUCAAGUGAAGUGUUCAUUAUCUAGCAAUGAACUAUUCGUCACUCCUGGUUCAAGAUGUAGAACAUAUUACUCCUGUAAAAAUGGGACAAAGAUAAGCUAUACAUGCCCGGUUGGACAAUUAUUCGAUAAGGAGAAGCAGGCUUGUUCAAGUAAUGCGAAAACUUGCUACGAGCUGGUGUGCGCUGGACGAGUGAAUGGAGAGUACACAGACACCACUCACGACUGCAAACGCUAUUUCAGGUGUGAGGGAGGAGAGCUGACAUCCAUCGGCCACUGUGCCCAGGGCCAACGAUUCAAUGGAGCGGACUGCGUCAAUGCAUCAGCAGUUGGAUGUGGCUCCUCCAAAGACAUGGCAGUAGGCCUUUCGGCAAGACUGGAGGACCGCUGCACCGGCUACGAUGACGGCGUCUACUCAGCUGCUGACAUCAGUUGCAAACAGUACUUCCUGUGCAAGUCGGAGAAGACUCUAGUCCAGCUAGAAUGUCCACAAGGACAACGGUUUGAUGGACAAAAGUGUAUGGCGGCUGAGCUUGUUCCGUGUUACUCUUACUGUACAGGAAGAAAGGACGGCUACCAUGCAAAUUUGAAGAAAGAAUGUCGAGAGUUUGUGAGAUGCAUGAAUGAGCAGACGAUCCAAGAAAAAUCAUGUAGUCCAGGAACGAUAUUCAAUGGAGAAAUGUGUGUGCCAAAAGACAUUUACACUUGUCCCAGUUUCAAUGAGAACAUGAAAUCUUACGACCGAUGUGAGACCCUCAAUAAUGGAUUUCAUACCAACUACCUCACUAGUUGCACAGAUUAUUUCGAAUGUUUCAAUGGCAUAACACUUCACUAUCACACAUGUAAGGAUGGAAGGUGGAACGGACAUCAAUGCGUUCCUUCCCAGGAUUUCUUUUGUUCACCUCCAGAAGAAUCACCUGUUUGUUCAUCUCGUGGAGAUGGAUUAUAUGCGGAUGAAUCACCAGCUUCUCGAUGCAAGAAAUACUAUUACUGUACAAAAGGAAAACAAAUUCGUAUGAAGUGUGAAGAUGGUAAAGUUUUUGAUGGAAUUGCUUGUGUAUCUGAAGACUUAUACAAGUGUCCGAUAAAAGAGACUGAGUGUUCAGGAGAUGGUGAAGGAUAUUAUAUGGACCUAGCUUCAGGUUGUCGAGCGUAUUAUUAUUGUUUGAAUGGGGACAAAAUAUCGUACGUGUGUCCUGACAAUCAAGUGUUCAAUGGUGUGGAGUGUGUUGAGUCGUCUGCAUUCAGUUGUCCUUCCAACUUCAGUGACGCAGCUGUGUGUGAAGCAGCUGUCAAUGGAUAUUUUGCUGACAUGAGUAAUAACUGCGAAAAGUACUUCUACUGUGUGGACGGUCGAAAAGUAAUGACAUUCAGUUGCCCUGAAGGAGAGAGGUUCGAUGGUUACCAAUGUUCCAAAUGGCAGCAAACAGCUUGCCAUAAAACAUUACAACUGCCUUGUCGCUUUCUCAAAGACGGUUACUACAUCCAGCCUGACAGCGAAUGCCAAAACUACUUCCGAUGCUCGAACCGAAAGAUGGUUGAAAUCCACACAUGCCUUGACGGCUAUUCUUUCAACGGAGACGCAUGUGUUCCCAUUCCACUCAUUUCCUGUCAUAAGACAAUGCUACAGCAAAAUGAGAAUCUCAAUACGUGCAAAAAGCACAAUGAUGGAUUUUUUCCCGACCUGCAGUCAGGCUGCCAAAAUUAUUUCUACUGCAUUAAUGGAGAAAAAAGUGCAUUAAAAUGUCCUAACAAUAAACUAUUCAAUGGAGAGGUUUGUGUAGAUGAAAAGACCUUCCUCUGUCCUAGAUAUACCGUAGCGGAACAAACAAUAGAUGAUUUACAAACUCAAUAAAACCAAUUAAUGAGCUGAUAAUGAGCAGUAGUGAUAAUAUUAUUAUAAAGUAUUUAUUUUUGUUAUUAAUAGGAUAUUGUGUUCUAAUUUAUAAUAUACUAUGUAUAAUAAGAGUAAGUUCGUUCUAGAAACUAUACACACUGGAAUAUUAUGACUAUUGAUGAAUAAAGAGUGUCAGAGGAAUCAUAUAUAUUUUUACUUUUCCUGUACCUGUAUGCGAAUUUAAUGUUGAGAUAAACAUUUCCUAUGAUUUAAGUUUAUUUUCAUACCAUAAAAUAGUAUGUACGCAGAUUCAUAAUUUCACAUUUUUUUAUGUUGCUUUCAGCAAAAAGAUUUCAGAAAAGCAUAUCGGUGAGACAAAGAGCAAAAUGGUCAACUUUCAAAUUAUAGAUUGAAUCCGAAAUAGUGUUUCAAAAACAUGAUGUUGAUUUGUGAAUAAUUCUUGAAAUACGCAUGUAAUUGAAUAAUUGAGGUUUUAAAUAAUUAUUAGUCACUUUUUCUAAUGUAAUCCAAAUAUAUUCUCUAUCUAACAUCAACAUAAGACAAUAGUAAAAAUAGCAAUUAUAUAAUUUAUGAUUUAAAAAUAGCUUAACAUAAGUUUAAUAUAUUUUUCUGAUGUAUCAGUCAAACGAUGUAUAUAUUAAUAUAUUAUUAAUUAAUCAAAAAUCUAAUGGUGAAUGAAAUUGCAACAUAUUAUUGAAUAAAGGAUUUAGUUGGUGAACAAAUUAUAGAAUUUGAAUGAAAAAUUCAACUACUAACAAGAAAACAGUAGUACCUAUUAUUACAAUAACUAACAAGAGAGGCAAUAACGGAAGUUGAAACGUGAAAUAAUGUUCUGUACAAUAAGUUGAAGCGAGCGGUUACCCACGAUUAAUCUAUUUUUGACUAUUUAAAUUCUUCCAAAUAAUUACAUUAUGCACAUAAUAUACAAUGCGAUACAAUAUCUAGAAGUUUAAAAAGUCUAUAAUAUGUAGCUUAACAUUUACAAUAUCAUCAUAAUCACCAUCAACUCCAAUACAGCCUAGGACAGUAAUGUGAGAAAAUUACUUUCUUAAUAAUUUACUCAAAUCAUCAUCUCAUAUUGGAUAUUGAUCGCUUAGAAGGAUCAUAGAACUUGCCUAGACAACAUCUGCACAUUUUUCUUAAAAAUGGCAGAAAUUAUAAAAAUAUAACAAAACUAUUAGUGUUUAGAUGGAUUUGAACAAGCUCAAUUUGAUUAAUAGUAAUCCUGAAAGAUUUCAAGGAUGCACAAUUGAUGAGAUCAUUUUAUUUAGUGGCAGAUAGUAAUAAUUUCGAAAAUAUAAUUCAAACCAAUUCUAAACAUUGAACAAUUUUUCCUGCAGUGGAUACAGGUUGGGUAGUUUCUUACGUCAAACGCAUUGAUUUAUCGAGUUUAGGCAGUAGGAAGUUGUAUAAUGUAGUCUGGUAGUUGCAAUUUGUUGCCGAGUUCGAUGCAAGUAGGUAAUCAAUAUGAAUGAGAACAUUCAUUAUUCAAUCACAUUCAGUGAAUCAAAGACAUGAUCCCGAAUAUAAUUACAAUCCACUAACCGAUUUCAUUCAUCAAAACAUACAAAAUGAUCAAUGCCACUUUGUAUAAAUCACUAACCAUUUAUAAUAAUCAAUGAAUUUCAAGAAACAUUUUAUCAAUUCAACAGUGAUGGUUGCUAAAUUGUGAUGUCAAGGUGUACUUUGAAAAACUACUUCUGUUUGGACAUACCCACUAAAAGGUUUGAAAUUGUAAUUAUAAUAAUAUUCAUUAAUGCUUAGUGGUCCCUAAUAGUAGCACAAGAUGGCGAGCAUUCGGUUUCAUGGAAAUCGGUGUUGUUGGUUGCAGGCUCAAGGAUCGUAAUAACUCAUUCGAUUACAGAGUUUGCGGGGAACAUACAGUGUAGGAAGCUAAAAACAUUCAAUUAAACACCUACGAUUAUAUUAUAUCACAAACAAUAUAAA